UGCAGCUGCAGAGAUGCGCGACACAGAAAAACAAGGAGUAACGAGGGAAAUGGAAAGGCAGGACAGGGAAGGAAAGUAACCACUUAAAAUAAAUCAUCUGAAAUGUUCCGAGACACCGAGAAACACCGUCUUCGCUGCGCACUUUGGAGAUAAAAACGCGGAGACAGCUCGGAUCGUGCAUUGAUCCGAAUACAGGGGACGGGAGGGGUCGAUCAUGGGGAACGAGGCGAGCCUGGAAGGAGGCGAAGGGCCGCUGUCUGGGCUACCGGAGGGGCUGGCACCUGACGGGAAGGGCGGCUUCGUCCGGGUCCCCGAUGGGACUCCGGUCAACCCUAGUGAACUCAGCGAGGAGGAGAGGAGGCAGCUCGCCGCGGCGAUGUCAAGGGCGCAAAGCAGGCAGCCCGGAGGCGCAGCAGCUGCACGAAGACCUUCAGAAUCUGAUGCCCAGCAGCAAUCCCAGCCGGUAGGGGCCUCCAGGGGCCCAACAGGUCUCAGUAAGAGCCGCACUGUUGACGCCUUCAACCAGGGUCCAGCUGGCAAGCCCUCACCGGGCCGCAGCCCCUCAUCCCUCAGCCUUUUUGAAUCCAGAUUCCGGCAGGAGCCAAAAGACACUGCCAGCAAGUCAUCCGGCAUGUUUGGCUCCAGCUUCCUCAGCGGGGCCAACCCCCUUAGUGCUGUGUCAUCUAUGACUUCCUCUGUCUCCUCCUCCAUAUCCUCCAUGGGCGAUUCUGUCAACAUGCCCAAGCUUGGACUCUUUGGGGAUGAGGAGGAGGGAGACACAUCUACAACACCUGGAGGAAAGCCAUCAGGCAAGGGCCCUCAACAAGGGCCAGGUCCAAAGGGACCACAACAGGGAGGACCCCAGAGACAGGGUCAGGGCCACCCUGGACAGGGGCCAAGGCCAGGGCAAGGGCCCCCUGGGCAGGGACCCAGACAAGGUCAGGGACCACCAGGCCAGGGGCCCAAAUCAGCUCAGGGUCCUCCUGGCCAAGGACCCCCUGGGCAGGCCCCCAGGCCAGGUCAGGGUGGACGACCAGGUCAAGGACCCCCUGGACAACAGGCACCCAGACCAGGUCAAGGACCCCCUGGACAGCAGGCACCCAGACCAGGUCAAGGACCACCGGGUCAAGGUGCCAAACAAGGUGGUCCUCCACAGCAAAAAGGUGCCCCCCCACAACAGGGGCCUGGGAAGCCUGGACCCAAGCAGCAAGGGCCACCAGGCCCUGGGGCCCAUCCUGUGGACCCAGCUAAGAGUGGAGGGCCUCCAGGUCAGCAGGGGGCUGGAAAGCCUGGAGGUGGACUCUGUCCAUUGUGUAAGACCACCCAGCUGAACACUGGGUCUAAGGACCCGCCUAAUUACAAUAACUGCACUGAGUGUCAGAGCCAGGUCUGCAGCCUCUGUGGGUUCAGCCCCCCAGACUCAGCGGGUAAAGAGUGGCUGUGUCUGAACUGCCAGAUGCAGCGAGCGAUGGGAGGAAUGGAUCCCCCUGGCAAGCCCAAACAAGGCUCAGCCCCGCCCUCGCCUCAGAGACAGACACCUGGCAAGCCUGGCAAGCUGCUGAUAAAGCAGCAAAGUACCACUGACCAAGGGUUAACGCCGCCAACAACACCGAGGCAGAAAUCCCCUAGCUCUCCAGGACCACUUUCUCCAAGCUCCUCAGCAGCAGGAUCACCCAAAAUUGAUCCCAAGACAGGCCGCCCCAUUCAGCAGAAGUCUAGUCCCCAGCAGUCUCCAGCUAAAGCCAAACAGGAGUCCAGUUUCUUUGGGGGGUUAGGAGGUAUCAGUCUUGGAGGCUUGACAGACGCAGCCAAACCUCCUGCAGCGUCUUCACAAGCUGGAGAGUCCGUUACAGGGAAACUGUUUGGCGGGUUUGGUGGAUUGAUGGAAUCGUCAAAGCCUCAAGCGCAGGCUGCACCAAAGCAGCAGGAUUCAGGAGUGACUGGGAAGUUGUUUGGAGGUUUAGGAGGGUUGACAGAAUCAGCAAAACCUCCAGCUGCUGCGUCUCAAAUGUUCAGCUUCGGAUCGUCCCUCUUGAGCUCAGCCACCAAUCUUGUCACUGGAGAGGAUGAGAAGGCAGCGGAGGAUUCUCCUCCUGGGUCACCGCCAGACUCUCCCGCCGACUCCGGACCAGGUUCCCCUCCAGAUUCUGGCCCCGGCUCACCUCCCGAUUCCCCCUUCUCUGCUCCUGGGUCGCCCCCUGAUUCGGACUCUGCUCCUGACACCCCACCUGCUAAAACCAAGAGAGCCCCCAGGACCAUAUCCGUGGAGCGGGAGGAGAAGGUCCCGGCAGCUGAACCUGCUCCUGCUUCAGCCCCCGUAACCAAGGAAAGCUGCCCUCUCUGUAAUGUGGACCUGAAUGUGGGAUCAGCAGACACACCCAACUACAGCCUCUGCACCGAGUGCAAGAAAACAGUGUGCAAUCUGUGUGGAUUUAAUCCUACUCCCCAUUUAGGAGAGAAAGAAUGGCUUUGCCUCAACUGUCAGACCCAACGAGCCAUGUCGGGUCAGCUCGGAGACAUGCCACCUCCAGCCAUGGCUUCCCCAAAGAAGCCACCACCUGGACCUGCUCCUGUUCCUGCCCCCUCCUCCACCCCUGCCCCUGCUGCUGUAGAUAGCAAACCUGUAGUAGAAGCAGCAGACCUACUCCCACCAGCUCCUGAGACCAAGGUCAAAAAGUUUGAGACUCUGAAAGAGCCUGGAGAGAAAGAAAUGGCCGUCAAGGAGAGCAGUCCCACCAGCCCCUCAGACCUGGCAAAGCUGGAAAGCACAGUCCUUCCCAUUCUUGAGGCCCAGCCAAGCACACAACCAAAGGAUGAUGAGGAGAAACUAACAGAUACAUUAAAGACCAGACGUAAAUUAGAGGUGCUUCCUCUCUCACCUGACUCACCUAGCUCAGAAGAUGACAGAGAACUUUGUGAGAAGAAUGCCAAAGGUACCACAAAGAAAAAGCUGCUUGUGCCCAUGGAUAUAAGGGCAGAUUCACUGGAUGAUAGCAGUGAAAGCUUUGGAAAAGAAAGCCCUAUGUCAGGGGAUGAUGAGGAAUUUAUUCGGAAACAGAUAAUGGAAAUGAGUGAGAAUGAGGAUGCUUCUCCAUCUGAUGAAGAAAACCUAAUCCGGCGAAAGAUCAGAGAGGAUGAGAAGAAAAAAAUGGAACAGAAGAAAACAGAGGCUGUAGAGAGGACCACAUCAGGAAAAGCCAGACGACUUACCAAGAAAAGCACUAUAAGUCCAGAUGAUGAGGAUGAUAAGCACCUCCAGAGCUUGUGGGAUAAAUCUGAAAUAGACAAAGAGGGGGGACCAGAACCAAAAGAGGAAGAACGUCAGAGUGGUACUGGGGUUCGUAAAUUCCAAACUAUGGAGCUGAAUGCAACCAGCAGCCCUAUGCAUGUACCUAAUGAUGAUGGAGAGCCUGAGAUGGAAAGCCUAACAGACUCGCCAGAUGAUCGGUCUAGAGGUGAGGGGUCAUCCAGUCUACAUGCAUCCAGCUUUACUCCUGGGACAUCCCCAACAUCCCUCUCCUCACUGGAUGAAGACAGUGACAGUAGUAGUCCCAGCCACAUUCGCUCUGGUGAAGGUAAACAACACAGGAAAGCCAAACACAGACAACCUGGCCAAAUGCUGCCAACUAUUGAAGACUCGUCUGAGGAAGAAGAGUUACGGGAAGAAGAGGAACUGCUCAGGGAGCAAGAAAAACAGAAGGGCUCAGGGAAAAAAUCAAAGAAAGACAAAGAAGAGAUUCGAGCCCAGAGGAGGCGAGAACGUCCAAAGACGCCGCCAAGCAACCUAUCGCCCAUUGAAGAUGCCUCACCAACUGAAGAACUGAGGCAAGAAGCUGAAAUGGAGGAGAUCAGACGAUCAUCCUGCUCUGAUUUCUCCCCCAGUAUUGAAUCAGAUCCUGAAGGGUUUGAAAUCCAUGCUGCAAAGAUUGCAGAAGUCCAGAAAACGUAUCAGCUGCCUAUAUCAGUAUCUCUUCACUCCCCAACAGAUGAUCAAAAUACUGAUAAACAGAAAAAAGCUCUCAAAUCUGCUGAUGAGGCUUAUGAGGAAAUAAUGCUGAGGGCUAAGUCUCCAACAGCUGACAAAGGUGAGAUUCAACCGGGAAAAGAGUCCCUUUAUGGAGGCAUGCUCAUUGAAGAUUAUGCCUAUGCAUCUCUUAUUGACAAUUCAACAACUGAUUUAGGGGAGCCAGAGAAGAUUGUUGUUCCUGUUCAGCCCAAAAUCCUGAGAUCACCAGAUGAAGUGUAUGAAGACAUGAUAAAGAAGAGGAAAGAAUUCAUGCAGCUGGAGCAAGAAUAUCAAAAUAUGCAGCCAAAGAAAGAAAGCACUAACCCAGAAAUUGUGUUGCAACCUGCUGAGAAUACCUUCCCCAAAAGUAGUACAGUAACAUUAGGCAAAGAUGGGAAGCCAUUGUUGGAUGCGGAAACUGCCUAUGAAGAACUAAUGAAAAGAGUGUUGACUCCUGGAACAAGUCCUACUCAGCAGGAGCCAGAGGUAGAGGCCACUGCAUCUAGAAAGGCGCUCCACCCCAUUCCAGACUUAAGGGUGACGCAGUGCUCUUCAGGAGAGUUGUCCUCUGAUGAUGAGAGUCUAAUUAAAAAGGAAGAGGAGAUAACUGCAGUAUCAGACACAACAUCAAAUAUGGAAACCAAGCCUGUGACAGCGUUUUCCGAGCCUCCUCCAUCAUCCACAUCAGAUCAGCAACCUCACACCUCCAUUGCAGCAUCCGAGGCUGAUGUUGUUGACUUAUCAAGCGCAUUACCAAGAACAUCAGCCCCUGUGAUUGCCAGUGUGUCACCCUUGCCCACAGUCCCCCAGUACACACCCAGCAUACCCAGCGUCGUGUCAACUGCCCCACCUGUGCCCCCGAAGCCAAGCGUCCUGCGUAUGGCUAAUUCUCAGGAAACAGCAGAAGUACCUGUUGCACCACCACUGCCUCCUCCCACCCCACCAAAACCUACUGUUUUUCCCAGGAAGGCUCCAGUUCCACUUCCAUCUCAGGCUUCAGCAACUCCAAUCAGGCCAGAGACAGUGGCCAUGAGUACAUCCCAAGGAUCGCCUACAAGACAAGCAGUUACACCAACAUACAAACCUCAUGUUCCCCCUCCUGUUCCCCCAAAGCCAUCCAUUCCUGCUGGGAUUGGGGAUAGCCACAGACCAGGACAUGGUGUCAAACCACCAAUUGCACCAAAGCCUGGCUCCCAGCCUUCUUCACCUGCCCAUGCCCCACAUCCACCAAGACCCACUGUACUUCCUACUGGUCCUGUUGACAUAGCCCUGAAUCUGAGCCCCUCUUCUGAGAGCAAGCAAUUUCAACCCUCACCAAAGUCUCCUUCUUCUCCAAGAUAUGCCAGCAAUCUUCGUGACACAUAUGUGGUCAUCACACUGCCAUCUCAGCCCAGCUCUCCAGUAGACAGUGUCUCAACUCAAGCUCCUUCUAGCCCUGGCCCAGCAUCUCCCUCACGCCAAGCUCAGCCCCAAAGUCAUCACCAACCACAGCCUCAACCUCAGUCAUAUCCACAGCAGCAUCCGCAACCAACUCCUCCUCAAACAACCAGGGUGCCUCUGGCAUAUACACGAGUGACAGAAUCCAUUGAAAGUCAAGAAAUUUGUGGCCCAGAAAAACAUGUAUCUAGUUCUUGUCACAUAAUUGAGGCUAUAUCUGCCUCAGCACAGCCAUCAGUGGUUAUGCCUAACCUCAUCUCUCAAGUGGUCACCACAGAAGUCCAAAGAACCACUGUCUCUGUUGUUCAUGAGAGGACACCACCACCAGUGCCAGCUCCAAGGGCAAAUGGUGUCCCAAUCUCGUUGGAGAAAACUAAACCCCAACUGCCAGCACAGAAUGGAGUCAAACCUUGUGAGGUGGUAGAUCUUAGGACUAUGAAGGUGGACCCAGAAUCAGGCAUGAAUGGUGUGGACCUGUCAGGUGGUCCAGACUCAAGACGUCAGUCCUUUACAACUGAUGUCAAUCGUCAGAACAGUGCAGUGCAGUCACCUGUGGUCAACCUCAGUGCUGAAUCAUCCACUGUCUCUAUAGUGACUGACAGUAUCACCAUCGUGACCUGUGCUGCCACAAUCCAGCGAUCUGACAAUGUAGACAGCUACCAAGCAUCUUCAGUGCCCCUUCAGCUAACGAAAAACAAAGUAUUUGAGCCUGUUUCUCAAAUAAUAUAUCGGCCAAUUGAUUCUCAGCCCUCAACUCAUACUGGUACAGAGAUCCCUAUUAACCUCUCAGUUGGAUCAAGCGCAGGUGGUGGAAUUUUCCAGUCCACCCCUGUCACUAUUGCCCCCACUUCUGUUGCAGGUUGCGUCGCCAAUGGCUUAACUACAGGAACAACCUCAGUGGCAGGAGCUGUUGAUCUUAGCACAACAAAACCAUUCAAUACAGUGGUAUCAGUGGAUACUGCUUCUACGGAAGUGGUCACAGCUGUAAUAACAGAUGAUGAUGGCAAACCAGUUGAUCUGACUGCAGGAAAAAGAGCUGUAUGCUGUGAUGUUGUGUACAAGCUCCCAUUUGCAGGAAGCUGCACUACUCAGCAACCCACCACACCCCUGCCUGAAGAUCGUUUUGGAUAUCGUGAUGACCAUUACCAGUAUGAUCGUUUACCUUAUGGCAUGAGAGGGUUUGGUGGAAUUAAACCGUCAAUGUCUGACACUAAUCUAGCAGAAGCUGGCCUGUUCUUUUACAAGAGUAAGAACAGCUAUAACUUCAGUGGCACCACAGAAGGUGCGGUAGAUCUUACCUCAGCAAAGAUUUCUGAUGCAGGUGAAGCAGUUGACUACUCCAAGAAAGGGACAUACGCAGGAAUGACAAUUCCACCCUAUUCCCAAGCCAGAGUCACAAGUGCUGUUGGUACACUCUUUGGUACAAGCAGUGUCUUGAGGUCAUCAAAUGGGGUGGUCUAUUCCUCUGUUGCAGCACCAAUUCCAUCUACGUAUGCCAUUACCACCCAGCCUGGGUCCAUCUUUAGUACAACAUACAACACCCUAUCAGGUAUGCAUACCAGCGACACCAUGCCCUCACUGUCCAACCUCCAGAACUUGCCACUGACACGGUCCCAUAGUUUCCUGUCCACCAUCUCCAUUACUUCAGCAGAAGAACAAGGAGAUGCCCCACUCAAUCUGGAGAUAUCAAGAGGGGUUACUUCUGCUGAUGCUGUCACCACAGCAACAACCUCUUUAUCGCUUGACACCUACACUGAUGCAUCCCUGGAGGCCAUAGCUGCUUCACUGGAGGCUCUUUCAUCACCCAUGGUUCCUGGGGAUGGCCAAUAUCAGGCAGAGCGUGAAAGGCUGGAGAUGGAAAAACUCAAGCAACAGCGCCUUGCUGAGGAAUUGGAGUGGGAGCGCCAUGAGAUUCAGCGGUUCCGUGAGCAAGAACAGCUUCUGGUACAGAAGGAACUGGAGGAGCUGCAAGCCAUGAAGCAGCAUAUCCUGACCCAACAAGAAGAGGAAAGACAGGCUCACCUUAUGAUGCAGAAAGAAACCUAUGCUCAGCAACAGCAGCAGCUUGAGCAGAUUCAGAGACUCCAAGAGCAACUCCGCAUGCAACUGGAAGAGCAAAAGCUUCGUCAGAUGUACCCAGGCGGGGACAUGCCAGGGCAUGGCUUGCAGGAGGCAAUUGUUCUAGGACCUGAUGGCACAGUCCUGUCCAGAAAGAUCACGGAUAGUGGGUGCCAGACAGAUGAAGAGGAUGAGACAGUCAGCAAAGCUUACACAGCAGGGAGAAAAAAGAGAAGUGCUAAAAAGAGUGUUGACAGUUGUGUUCAGACUGAUGAUGAGGAUCAAGAGGAAUGGGAGGCUCAAACUAGAAGCAGACAAACCCGGCCACGCACUGCCAGGGGAGACAGGGGAGGACAGUCAGAGAUGUCUCUUCAAGCCCACACUGAGAUUUCUAUACAAACCGAUACAGAGGGGAACAUUAGAAUGGACACUAGAAUGGAGCUGUCUGACUCUGAAAGGACCUCACCAAAGAAACGACCAACCCCCUUAGAAAUAGGCCAGUCUCCUAACCUCAAAGCCGAGUCCUCUACGCUUCAAGCCCCUCCUAAAUCUCCCAAAGUGCUCUAUUCCCCCAUAUCGCCCUGUAUAUCCCCUAGCAAAUCCCUUGAGUUUGUAUCCUAUGAGAAAUCACUGGGUGAUACAAGCCCACAAAAGCUAAAAGGAAGUGCGGAUUCAUCAAAAGCCUCUCCAGCAAGUCCCAGGGGACCAAAAGCCAUGCAGAGAUCCAUGUCUGACCCUAAGCCCAUGAGUCCAACAGGAGAAGAAAGGGCAACAUCUGGCACCCAGCAUGGUGAUAGCUACACUGGGAAGAGCUCUGGUGGCACACCAACAGGCACUCAAAAGAAGGUGAAGAGGACUCUCCCCAAUCCACCCUCAGAGGAUGAGUCAACAACCAGUGGCCAGACAGCAUACAGCACCAGUUCUGCCCGCCGUAGAAUGUGCCGCAAUUCAAACAUGGCACGUGCUAAGAUCCUACAAGACAUUGAUCGUGAGUUGGACCUGGUGGAACGUGAGUCCUCCAAGCUCCGCAAAAGACAGGCAGAGCUUGAUGAGGAGGAGAAAGAGAUCGACGCCAAGCUUAGAUACCUAGAGAUGGGCAUUAAUCGUAGAAAAGAUGCCCUACUGAAGGAGAGAGAGAAGAGAGAGAGGGCCUACUUACAGAGCGUUGCCGAGGACAGAGACUACAUGUCAGACAGUGAGGUCAGUAAUAUCAGAGAGACUAGAGGUGGACGUGGAGGUGGUGAAGAUGAGGAGAUUGAAGAUCAUGGUCUUGAACGUCCCAGGACAGCUCCUCAGUCUGAAUUGGAUGACUUUGUCCCACCUCAAACCAAGCAUGAGUACGGAAAAUACUCCCAGUACCAAUACCCUCAAAGCCAAUACCAGUCUCUCUACCAGACUCCCCAGUCCUACCAGUCUCAUUCUAUCUACUCCUCUGUCCCCUCGCUCACUAGCUCCCAACAGCAGAAUUACCACCAGAUGCUCCUGUUGCAGCAGAAAGCUGCCAGACAAGCAGCCCUCCUUUCAGAGCUGGAUGCAACUAAAUAUGAUGUCAUUAGCCGCCAGCCUGAUCCCACAUCGUCAGCUUAUCUAGGAGUCAAAUAUGACAAAUACGGCAACCACCUUGAUCUCAGAGCUUUGGAGGUGGGAAGUAUAGCAAGUAGUCCCAUGUCAGCUGUGUCUGAUUCCUAUUACACAGAUGUUGAUCACCAUACACCUCGGAGUUACUUGCUGCUGGAAGAUGCUGCGGAAUUGGCGAAGAGCUCUACAGGUCUGUCUUCAUCUUAUAGUCUGGCUGAGAGGGAACUGGCCAAGGCAGAGAAGCUGCUACGUAGGAGUGCUGCAGAUCUGGGGUCUACUGACUAUCUUGGAUCUACCUCCAGACUCCAUACUUUUGGAAAGACCCCUGAUGAAGAGGAUACAAUGGAGGAACCCUAUGAACUGAAACUCCUGAAGCAGCAACUCAAGCAAGAGUUUAGGAGAAGUACGGGUGGGACAGAAAACUUAGAACAAUUGACAGGUCUCUCCCAGCACUACUAUACCCCAAGCUCUGGCAUCUCUAGUUACUCCCAAAGACAGUAUCCAAAGUCAGAAAAGUACAGCAUCAGUCGACUUACUCUAGAGAAGCAGGCAGCUAAACAGCUCCCAGCAUCCAUGUUGUACCAAAAACACAAGACUCCGCUAUUAGAUCCUAAAAUCUCCUCCAAGUAUUCCUCUAUUACAGACAGCAGGGCUUUGGAGACAGACUAUACCAGUUAUCUUGGGUCUACCAGUGGAUCCCCAAGAUCCAGCCGACUCAUGCAGGAUGAGAUUACCUUUGGCCUUCGAAAGAAUAUUGCAGAGCAGCAAAAAUACCUAGGGUCCACCUUGGGUGCCAACUUGGCUGGUUCACUAAACUUGGGUCAGAGCUUGGGCUUGGACUCUGCCUAUCCUAGUGGUAGUCGCUCAAGACCCUCAUCCAGGCCUACAUCUUGCUAUGGCCUGGACUUGUCUAUCAAGAGAGACCCUUCUAGCUCUUCGCUGAGGCUCAAGGGGGAUGGUGAGGCAUCUGGAGAUGGACCAAGUUAUCAAACCCCCUCUGGUCGCACCAAACCUACCAGCCUUCCUAUUGUACAAAGUGGCCGUGGCCGAAUACCCAUAGUAGCUCAGAACUCGGAGGAAGAGAGUCCAUUGAGCCCUGUUGGGCAGCCAAUGGGCAUGGCCCGUGCAUCAGCAGGACCUCUGCCACCCAUCUCAGCUGAUUCAAGGGACCAGUUUGGUUCUUGUUUAUCCUUGCAGGAUUCCCAGCAGCAGCAACAUAUCAGGGAAGAGCCAACCAGGGGUAGGGGUUAUGUGCUGCUGGAUGACCUUCAGGGCACCAUGUCAGAUAGUGAAGCCCUAAGUGAUUCCCUGAUGGCUUUGAACAGAGACGAUGCAACAAAUGCCUACCACCUGAGACGAGAAGAGACAGACUGGUUUGAUAAACCCAGAGAUGGACGAUCAGAGAACGGACAAGAAAAGAGACAGGGUAAAGGCCCGUACUACCCCUUCCCUCACCUCAGGGUCAAACUGCAGAGGGAUCCCAAAGACCGCAGUGUCUCAGGAAAUGGUCUGGGUAUCCGUGUGGUUGGAGGGAAAGAGGUCCCUGGCAGUAAUGGAGACAUAGGAGCCUACGUUGCCAAAGUCCUACCUGGUGGAGCUGCAGAACAAACAGGAAAGAUUCUUGAAGGAAUGCACGUCUUGGAGUGGAACGGUGUUCUUCUGACAGGGAAAACCUACGAGGAGGUACAAGGGCUUGUCGGACAUUCGUGUAGUGAGGCAGAAGUGUGUGUCAGACUUGAUCUUAACAUGCUGGCUGAGUCUGAAGGUUCCCAGCACCUGGAUUUCCAGGAGCACAGCAAAGGUGACAGACCUCCCAGGUCUCCAGGUGUUGACCCCAAGCAGCUGGCAGCUGAACUGCAGAAGGUGUCACAACAGCAGGCUCCCUCCACCUCUUCCUCCACCCUGCCAGCCACCACCUCGGCGACUUCCAGCCCCGGUCAACCUGGAUCACCGUCCGUUGGCAAGAAACGCCACAGCAGCAAGACUGCCGAGGGAACGAAGACCCUGUCCCACCCCGUCUCUGGAGAGAUACAGCUUCAAAUCCACUACGACAAGCAGCUGGGCAACUUGAUCGUUCAUGUCCUGCAGGCCAGAAACCUUGCCCCGCGGGACAACAAUGGCUACUCUGACCCAUUUGUUAAAGUCUAUCUCCUACCAGGGAGAGGUCAGGUCAUGGUUGUCCAGAACGCCAGUGCUGAAAAUAAGAGGAGGUCCAAACAUGCAGGCAAGAGUCUCAACCCUGAGUGGAACCAGACUGUCAUCUAUAAGAAUAUCCACCUGGAGCAGUUGAGGAAGAAGACCCUGGAGGUGAGCGUGUGGGACUAUGACAAGUGCUCCUCAAAUGAUUUCUUAGGAGAGGUUCUUAUUGACCUGUCUAACACUGCUCAACUGGACAAUGUCCCACGGUGGCUCCCCCUGAAGGAGCAGAGUGAGGGAGAACACCAUCGGCGUGCCCACUCAGGCCAGAGCCGACACGGUUCUUCUAAACCUUCCUCACAGCACUCCUCCCCUAAAACCACUGGCUCCUCUCAUGAUAACCAGGAUUCCCCCAAAUCAUCUGUAAUCAAAAGCCGAAGCCACGGGAUCUUUCCAGAUCCGGGAAAGGACACGCAGGUGCCCACUAUCGAGAAAUCUCACAGUAGCCCUGGCACAUCGAAGCCUUCCCCGUCCGAGGGCCACAGCCAAAGCCACAGCCACGGACACAGCCAACACUCUCGCUCGCACGGCGCUUCACGCACCAGCAAAAGCGCAGCACGGCAACACCAUCAGGACAGCAGCACUGGAAGCGGCGGAGGCGCUGUCAUAGCAACGGGCGAUGCCCCACAGCAGUCACAGCAGCAGCCGCCGCGACGCCUCCAACCAACUCGGUCAAGCUACAGAUCAAGUGAUGCUCCCGUCACAGCAGCCUCACUGGACAGCGGCCUGAGUGGCAGCGCUUACAGCCUAUUGGACGAGGAAGGAGAAACAAACGAGGUGGACAGUGCCAUCUUCCAAGUGCCAAGAUUUGGAAAGAUCCCAAAUGGCACAGACGUGAUGAAAUCAUCAAUGGGACACGGUGACGCUGAAGGUAAGUCCCAGGUAAUGGGGGAGAUAAAGAUCGCUCUGAAGAAGGAGAUGAAGACGGAGGGUGAGCACCUGGUCCUUGAGAUUCUUCAAUGUCGCAACAUCACCUACAAGUUCAAGAGUCCAGACCACCUGCCUGAUCUUUAUGUGAAGCUUUAUGUGGUGAACAUCGCCACCCAGAAAAGGAUCAUCAAGAAGAAGACCAGGGUGUGUCGUCAUGACCGUGAACCAUCUUUCAAUGAAACCUUCCGCUUCUGUAUGAACCCAACUGGACACUCCUUACAGCUGUUCCUGGUGUCCAACGGGGGAAAGUUUGUAAAGAAGACCCUGAUCGGGGAGGCCUACGUGUGGCUGGACAAAGUCGACCUACGCAAGCGAGUGGAAAGGAAGUAGAGAGGUAAAGAAAGGCGAUGGCAACAUCAGGAGAUAUUGUAGCGAACAAAAGGCUGGAUACUAUCCACGAAAAAGCACUAUUAUCAUUCUAAGAUACGACAAUGCUAUUAAAGCAGCAUGUUGAUGUUUUGUUCCAGCUGUUUUUGUCAUAUCCGUGUUGUCUUGAUAUACCAGUUACACUUGGAAACUUUAAUGUUGUGUCUUAAGAAAUCUAUCAUACCCAUAUUGUCUUGAGAAAGGUCAUCCUAUGUGCUUGUACGGGGGGGGGUCAAGAGGCAGCUGGUUUAUUUAUUAACAUUUUCACUUAUGUCAAACUUAGCAGCGAAACUACACUUAAUAUCUGAGUGAUUUCUAUGCAACAUCUUCUGUAUAAAGGUGGUAACUGCAUCUUGACUUGCCAGAAAUGAUGUACUGAAACGUGACACUUUGCGAGAGAGAAACAUUGCAUCAGUCAAACUUUUAUAUCAAUUUUUUUCUUGCACUGCUGUGUUUUUACGUCCUCCACGAUAUGGUUAUUGCUUUAAUAUGUUUGGGUUUUUUUUAUUUUGUAUUGCAAUAUGAAUCUUUAUUUAUUGCCUGUGAGACGAUUUCAUAUGUUGUAUUAUAUUUGUUUACAGUACAUAUCAGGUGUACAUAAAAUUUUGUUUUUAUACACAAUGUAGUGCUUGUUUACAAUGUUUAGAGGGCCUGAAACUCAGAGAACCAACUUUUUUGCCCUUGUGCAGGAACACACACUCACAUAUGGAAACACACACACACCGAUCCUAAUUUCAAUGAAUCAAGAUAAGAAAAAAAAAAACAUUCCUACUCAAAUGAUUCACAUCUUUGUAUGCACUCUCCCUUUGAAUAGUUUCAUUUUCCUGUAUGUGUAUGAGAAAUUACCAAAAAAACAACAACAUUGUAAUCAUUAGACAUUAUACCUGAAACAAUAGUAAGGUCAGUGUGUGUUUUUUGUUUCUUAUUAAUUUUAUACCCAUGUGCUUGUGUGUGUAGCAUCUUCAUUCCAAGUCCAUGCAUGUCAUUAGCUCUAAUGCAUAUCUCUUCUUUUAAGUGUUGUCAGUCUAAAAAUGUCAACUUUAAAAUCUCUUGAACACUUUCACACACAAAGAAUAACACACGCUCUCUCACACACACAGAUGCCAUCUCUCUAUUUCCAACCUUGUAAAUACAUAGCUUUUUUAUACUGGGGUUUGGGAGCAAUAGGUCUUUUAGCAGACUAAAAAAAAAAAAGGUGUGAUCAUAGAAGUAACAGGAAGUUGUUUUUCUCUUGAUCAAUGUACAGUGGAUAGACUGAGAAACGACCUUAUGUCUGUCUAUACGGACCCAGAUUUACCCGACCCUUUACACCAAACACUAAAGGUUUACCAGAGUCUAACUACACAGAAGUCUAUCUACAACUCAAGUAGUUGCAGGAGAAUUUAAAUGUGCUCACAAUGGAUGUUGCAUGUUUCAUUGGUGGUUCAUACUAUUUUUGUGUCCAGAUAUUAUUAUAGAAAAAAAAAACAACAAAUGAGGUAGAGGAAGAUAUAGAACAAAAUGUUAUAGAGAGGGAAAUUAUGAAGAAAACUUAAAAUUAUCAAUGACGUAUGCUGACUGUACAAAGAUUAUGCUUGUAAAACCUGUCUGGUUUUUCACUUGUAAGUAAACAGAAAAAAAAAAAUCUACUGUCAUGGUUUUGUGAUUGUAUACAGGAGGUAUUGAUAAAUUAUGCAAAUUGUGCUGUAAAAAUGGCUGUUGCCCCAUGUCUAAAUAUUAAA